AUGGGAAGCUCUUACCAAAAGAUUUUAGAGCAACUUGCACAAUUAAACCUCUACACACUUUCUAAAGAAUUUUUGCAAAUAUCAGGCACAAAUAUAAGGGUAAUUCCGAAAGACCUGCCGACUCUGAAGAAAUUUUUAUGAAAAUUGCAUGGAAUCGCUAAAUUUAAGGUGUAUAAGCUUAUAACAGAUUCAGUAUGAGUAAAAAUAGCCACCUUAUACAUAAAUGAAAUACAAGACUUAAUUCGAGUAGUCAUGCAACUCAAAUCUCUAGACAUGCUUCAAAAGUCAACUCCCUGUAGAGAGGUUGAGUGCUCAAUUUGCCUAGAGAUAAAUGCUGAUGUUAUUUUGCAGUGCGGGCAUGCAUUUUGCGAUAAAGAUAUCUCAGAUUGGCAAAGCCGUGGCCAUACUUGUCCUCUUUGCCGAGAGCAAAUAGAAUUACGAGAAGCUUAUACAGAUAUGCAAGAGUCUCCAGAGGAAAUUGAAAAAGAAAUUAGAGAAAACUUGAAGGAAUUAGUUAAUCUUCUUCAUUAUAGCAAGCGCUAA